CGGUUUACUGUGUCGUACCCGGAAGUGAGCAGCUGUGUGCAGGUUGUGUGUGUGUGUGUGCGCGUGCGCUGCUGCAGGGGAAUUUGCGAUGUAAACAGAAGUCCAUCAAACUCGAUAUUUCUGCGGUUUAUCCGGAAGGUUGGUGUAAAUUGUGGAAGAUGACGACGAUUGUCCACGAUGCCUCGGAAUGCGUGCUCCUGUGUCGGGAAUGCAACCUGUACCUGAAACCUAUCGCCAAGAUGAGCAUCAGUGUGUCGCUUCCACAGCUCAAGAUGCCCGGGAAGUCCAUCUCCAACUGGGAGGUGAUGGAGCGCCUGAAGAGCAUGGUUCACCCGGAGCAGUUCGCCUCGCUCCGGAUCUCCAAAAGCACCAUGGAUUACAUCCGCUUCGAGGGAGAGGCGGAGAACAAGAGCGCCGUCAAGCGCUUUCUGUCCAACCUGGAUGGGAAGAGCAUCAAACUCAGCGGCUUCACCGACGUCCUGAAGGUGCGCGCUGCCGCAACCAAGAUGGAAUUCCCGACCCGGCACGACUGGGACUCGUUUUUCCGGGACGCUAAGGACAUGAACGAGACGGUUCCAGGAGAGAGACCAGACACUAUCCAUCUCGAAGGACUUCCCUGCAAAUGGUUCGCCCAGAAAGACACGUCAUCAGACAAACCUUCAGAAGAAGCCCUGAAGUGCGUGUUCGAAAAAUUCGGGAAGAUCCGUAACGUUGAUAUUCCCAUGCUCGAUCCGUACAGGGAGGAAAUGACGGGAAAGAAUUUCAACACCUUCUCAUUCGGCGGCCAUUUAAACUUCGAAGGUUACGUGCAGUACGAUGAUCACACAGGGUUUGUGAAGGCCAUGAGCUCGCUGAGGGGGAUGAAGCUCCUGUACAAGGGCGAGGACGGGAAAGCCAUGGCCUGCCCCAUUAAGGUGAGCUUCGACACCACCAAACACCUGAGCGACUUGUCUCUGAAAAAGAGACACCAGGAGCGCAUGAAGCUUCAGGAGCUGGAGAAGCAGAGGGAGGAGCAGAAACGACGUGAGAAGGAGGAGGAGGAGAGACGCAAGGAGGAAGAACGAAAGCAGCGUGAGCUGGAGGAGGAAGAGAAGGAAAAGAGGCGAGAGGAGAAGCUGCGUAAACGAGAGCAGAAGCUAAAGGAGCGAGAGGAGAAGAAGAACCAGAAGAAAGUGAAGAAGCAGCAGGAGGAGGAGCAAAAGAAACUCCACCAGAAGAUCGCCAUGGAGGAGAGGAAGCUGCUUCUGGCGCAGAGGAACCUUCAGUCCAUCCGGCUCAUCGCCGAGCUGCUGAGCAGGGCCAAGGCCCUGAAGCAGGAGCAGCUGGAGCGAGAGAAGGCCGACCUCACGCGGCUAGAGGAAGAGGCAGAGGUUCGGCGCCUGCAGGAGGCGGAGCUUCGGUGUAAACAGGAGGAGGAGCUGCGGAGGGUGGAGGGUGAGAAGGCUCGAGCUCUGGAGCUCCAGAAGAAAGAACGUGAGCUGAGAGACAGAUUGCUGGGGAACCUUCUGAAAAAAAGCACAAACCAGGGGGUGGAGUCUAAUGGUGAGAUUAAGAAGUGGGAGGGGCCUAGUGUUGAGCCUACCAAGGUGGAGGGGCGCAAUGAAAUUACCCCCGCUGCCACUGGGGGUCACCAUGAGGGCAAAUCAGGAAAAGAGGAGAAGCAAAAAACCCAGAGAGAACGGAAUCGCAGCUGUGGGAGGAGUCGGAGCCAGAGUAGGAGUGGCCAGGGGCGGAGCAGUAACCAACGUCACCCAUACGGACACAGACGAAGUCGGAGCAGGAGGGCGGUUCAGGGGCGGAGUUUGAGCAGGAGUCAGAGGCGACGUAGCCAGGGUAUUCUGGGCAAUGGGAAAAGUGGGAGGAGCCAUCGGUACAGCCAUGGGCGGAGCAGCAGCAGCAGCAGUGGGCGGAGCGUGAGUCGCUCUUCCAGCCGAGGGCGGAGUCGGCGAUCCAAACGUCACUGAAAACAUCUGGAUGUGUGGAUAUGUAAGAAACAUGCUAAUUAGCGAUUUAUUAAGACGGUGAAGGUUACCCAGGAGUCACGUGACACAGGGACGACUCUACAGUCGACGCUUUUUCUGUUGUUGUUUUCAUUUGAGUUAGCAUGAAUGUGCUUUAGUGUUACUAGCGUGUCUAACAAUUUUCAUACCUUCAUAGAUGAAUGCUAAACGUCUGAUUAGCAUUAGCGUAUUCCUCCUGACUGAUUAGCGCAAUCCGGUCAUUACAGCGUGUUUAUAACUGCCAUGUUUUACUGCAAUUACAUGGGAUUUAUUUUCACCAGGUUUCAUGUUUAUCUAACGAGUCACACGUCACACUACACGUGAUCAUCACACCAAUCCCUCUCAUAGCGGGGAGUGUUUCAGCUGUUCUUCAGGGCCAGUUUUAUUUACAGAACAUCAGCACUGAUUGAAAUCUUCACACACACGUUCUUCCUCCUACUGGAGUGUCUGAUUUCUCACACCACAAAACCAAAGCUGUGUUCUGUAUUUGUGUUCUUCUGUAAAUAAACAUCUGUAGUGCUGCGUGAACGUCGGAGAUCUCACGCGCUCCAAACUCAUAAAAACCUCUACGUUUCGCUUGCGUGUGCGUGUGUGUGUGUGUGUGUGUGUGUGUGUGUGUGUGUGUGUGUGUGUGUGUGUGUGUGUGUGUGUGUGUGUGUGUGUGUGUGUGAGAGACUCCUUCCUAAACAUGUUGUAGAUAAUAAACAUCUUCUUGAACCCA